AUGAAUCCUCCUGAACAUCCGGGCAAUCCUAAAUGGCAAGUUUUUAACGAUUGGGUAAAAAUAAAGCCAUCUCAGUCGAUCGAUUACAAGAAGAAUCAGGAAGAGACGAUUGAGGAAAGUUUCGAACGUUUUGGUUUAGAACAAGAAGAUGGCGAUUGGGGUGAUGCAUCUGAAGCCCAAGAUGCCGGUUGGGGCACCUCCACUGGUAGUGGCUGGUAG